GAAAAGCAAAAAAGUGUAGAGUCGUGGACAGAAUAUGCUCUGUUUUAGCAUAUGGGAAUUAAGAAGCCAUCAUGACAUGGUGGGAGAAAUAUCAGAGAGUCCAAUUACGCUGAGUAAUUUGGAAUUUUGGACGGUUGAGAUUGUGCCCCUACUACCUAGAACACCGAGAUCCCCAUCAACCUUAGCCAGUACCACCACAAGCUAGUAGCCCAACUUUCCUUUUUAUAGUCUUCAAAAAGACAAUCUUUCUGCUCUUUCAAAACUGAAAGCUUUAAGGUUGUCCAGUUCUGUUACAAGCUCUCUCUACCCACAAGUUCUCUCUCUCUCUCUUGAGGUUUUGGCUCAGAGAGUGCCCUUUGACUUGUGGGAAUAUAUUGAAGUAAACCCUUUUGGAUUUUGGGUAUAACAGUUGUGAAUAUUUCUUGCAACCUAUUUGUUCAUGGAUCAACAUUUGAGAGGAAUCUGUGGUUCUACCAAAGGAUUGAAAUUAAAUGAUGAGACACUUUAUGGGUUCAAAAUGGAUAGUACCAUUGUUGAUAAAAACUAUUCAAGUAUUCCUCUUUUGCCAUCUGAUCCAAUCCCUAGUAAUCCGAGUGUGAGCUUGGAUGGAAUUUCACAUGAGGACUGUGAUUUUAGUGAUGUAGUUUUGAGAUACAUAAACCAGAUGCUCAUGGAAGAAGAUAUGGAAGAGAAGGCCUGCAUGUUUCAGGAGGCACUUCAAGACACUGAGAAAUCAUUGUAUGAGGCCCUUGGGAAGAAGUAUCCUCCUGGUCCUGAUAAUGGCCUGCCACCUUAUGUUGGUCAAAACCAUGAAACCCGAGAUGAAAAUUAUGCUUUGAAUCACAUUGAUUAUAAUUCUAGUGCUAGUGGUGACAACUUAGUGGAUACUGGGUGGGUUUGUGAUUCGGGUGAGCACAAAUCGUCAUAUAUUGCUACUCAGUCAACCUCUCAGUCAUCCUAUAGCUCGUCUCACAGCCCUGGUAAUGUCAUAGAUGGGAUUGUGGAUUCUCCAGUUAGCACUCUUAGAGUUCCUGAAAUAUUUUAUGAUAAUGAGUCUAUUAUGCAAUUUAAAAGAGGAUUUGAGGAAGCAAGCAAGUUUCUUCCAAAUGGAAAUGGUUUGAUAGUUGAUUUGGAGAGUAAUGGUUUGUCAUCUAAAGAACUGCAGGAAAAUGCUAAGGAUACUGUAUUUAAGGUAGAAUACAAGCAUGAGAGUCAGCACUUCUUGGAUGGGUUGAGGGGAAGGAAGAAUCGUCAUCCCGAGGGUGUGAGCUUAGAGGGAGGGAGGAGUAACAAGCAGUCAGUAGUGUAUACUGAAUCAACUGUGACUUCAGAAAUGUUUGAUAGGGUUUUGCUAAACUUUGGUAAAGAUGAAUCUGAUCUUCGCCAAGCUUUACAAAAUGGGAAAAGCAAGAAUGUGCAGCAGAAUGGUCAAUCCAAAGGUUCCAACAAUGGAAAGGCCCGUGGGAAGAAGCAAGGAGGGAAAAGGGAUGUGGUGGAUUUGAGAACUCUCUUGACCAUUUGUGCACAGGCUGUUGCAGCUAAUGACCAGAGGACCACUAAUGAGGUACUGAAGCAGAUCAGACAGCAUUCUUCUCCUCUGGGGGAUGGGAUGCAGAGAAUGGCUCACUAUUUUGCAGAUGGUCUUGAGGCACGCAUUGCUGGCUCAGGUACUCAGAUUUAUACUGCCCUUAUUGGCAGGCUAACUUCAGCUGCUGAUGUCUUGAAAGCAUACCACCUGUUUCUUGCUGCAUGUCCUUUUAAAAAGCUCUCAAAUUUCUUCUCAAAUAAGACAAUUAUGAAUUUAGCUGAGAAAAAAACAAGGCUGCACAUUGUUGAUUUUGGUAUUCUUUAUGGUUUCCAAUGGCCUUCCUUCAUACAACGUCUCUCUUCUAGACCUGGUGGGCCUCCUAAGCUUCGAAUAACUGGCAUUGAUCUUCCCCAACCUGGGUUCCGACCAGCAGAAAGGGUUGAGGAGACAGGGCGCCGCUUAACAAAAUAUGCAGAGACUUUCAAUGUUCCAUUUGAGUUCAAUGCGAUAGCAAAAUGGUGGGACACCAUUCAAAUUGAGGAUCUCAAACUUGACAGUGAUGAGGUGCUUGUUGUGAACGUCAUAUGGAGAUUAAGAAACCUACUUGAUGAGACGGUGAUGGUAGAGAGUCCUAGAGAUAAUGUUUUGAAGCUGAUGAGGAAGAUGAAUCCAGAUGUUCUCAUACAGGGUACUGUGAAUGGGACCUUUAAUGCACCCUUCUUUAUCACAAGAUUCCGAGAGGCUCUCUUCCACUACUCUACCGUGUUUGACAUGCUUGAGACUAUUGUGCCCCGAGAGACUGAGGAGAGGCUGCUUAUUGAGAGGGAGAUAUUUGGGCGAGAGGCAAUGAAUGUCAUCGCAUGUGAGGGCGCAGAGAGGAUUGAGAGGCCAGAGACAUUCAAGCAAUGGCAGGUCCGGAAUCUGAGGGCUGGGUUUAGGCAGCUCCCUUUGAACCGGGAGAUUGUUAACUUGGCAAAGGAUAGGGUAAAAUCGUUGUACCGUAAGGAUUUUCUAAUUGAUGAAGAUGGUGAGUGGCUGCUGCAGGGGUGGAAGGGACGAAUUCUUUUUGCACUCUCGACUUGGAAGCCUACUAGUGAGGCGCAUAAUUAUUAAUCAUUCAUUGAAGUUCAAGAUCAUGGGAUCUUCCAAGUGGUUGACUUGCUUCCCUUUGUCCUAUGAGAUUUUCUUCUUUUAUUUAUGCUGUUUCAAAGUCAAGGUUAAUUGGGAGCAUAAUGCUGGAUGGUGCCUGCCCAUCAUCAUGCUAUGAGAGAUCUCACAAGGGAUUGUUGGUAGCAGAAGCACUCAUUUUAUUCCUAGAAGAAAAAUGAAUGCACUAGUUCCUGUUUGCUCUUGUAUUUUUGUAUCUCAAGAGAACCUGAUAUGGACCUCUAACAAUGUAUUUAAAAAAGGAAAAAAGAAAAAAAAGAAAGAGAUGCUUGAGCAAGGUGAUAGCUCUAACCUAUCAUAUUUAUGUACAGUGAUUAUGUUUAGGCCCCUCCUAGCAAUUUGUAGUAAUGUGAAGGAUUUUGAAGAAUCUCUACAAUAAAAGAAAGGAAAAAUAUUUUGUCA